CGCGGUGCUGGCGCUGGGCGCUGGGCUGCGGGUGCGGGCGCUGGAGCGGGAGAGCGGCUCCUGGAGUGCGCGCGAGCCGGAACGGCGGGAGGCGGCCAGGCGGCGACAGGUUUCUCAGGGCUGGUGAGCGAUGCAGCGAGCGGCGGCUUUGGUCCGGCGGGGCUGCCGCCCCCGGACCCUGGGCCCCUGGGGCCGUCGUCAGAGCAGCGCGGCCGCCGAGGCCCCGGCCGUGCUCAAAGUGAGGCCCGAGCGGAGCCGGCGCGAGCGCAUCCUGACGCUCGAGUCCAUGAACCCGCAGGUGAAGGCGGUGGAGUAUGCGGUGCGGGGACCCAUCGUGCUCAAAGCCGGCGAGAUCGAGCUGGAGCUGCAGCGGGGUAUCAAAAAACCGUUCACCGAGGUCAUCCGUGCCAACAUCGGGGACGCCCAGGCCAUGGGCCAGCAGCCAAUCACCUUCCUCCGACAGGUGAUGGCACUGUGCACCUACCCAAACCUGCUGGACAGCCCCAGCUUCCCAGAGGAUGCGAAGAAGCGCGCCCGGCGGAUCCUGCAGGCCUGUGGCGGCAACAGCCUGGGGUCUUACAGUGCCAGCCAGGGUGUUAACCGCAUCCGUGAGGACGUGGCCGCCUACAUCACCCGGAGAGAUGGUGGUGUCCCCGCGGACCCCGACAACAUCUACCUGACCACGGGAGCCAGCGACGGCAUCACCACGAUCCUGAAAAUCCUGGUCUCCGGGGGCGGCAAGUCCCGGACGGGGGUGAUGAUCCCCAUCCCGCAGUACCCCCUCUACUCGGCGGUCAUCUCGGAGCUCGGCGCCGUGCAGGUGAACUACUACCUGGACGAGGAUAACUGCUGGGCCCUGAACGUGCACGAGCUCCGCCGGGCCUUGCGGGAGGCCAAGGAGCACUGUGACCCCAAGGUGCUGUGUAUCAUCAACCCCGGGAACCCCACAGGUCAGGUGCAGAGCAGAAAGUGCAUAGAAGAUGUGAUCCACUUUGCUUGGGAAGAGAAGCUCUUCCUCCUGGCUGACGAGGUGUACCAGGACAACGUGCACUCUCCGGACUGCAGGUUCCACUCCUUUAAGAAGGUGCUUUCCGAGAUGGGGCCCGAGUACUCCAGCAACGUGGAGCUCGCCUCCUUCCACUCCACCUCCAAGGGCUACAUGGGCGAGUGUGGCUACAGGGGGGGCUACAUGGAGGUGAUUAACCUGCACCCCGAGAUCAAAGGCCAGCUGGUGAAGCUGCUCUCGGUGCGCCUGUGCCCGCCCGUGUCCGGGCAGGCGGCCAUGGACAUUGUGGUGAACCCGCCGGUGCCAGGCGAGGAGUCCUUCGAGCAGUUCACCCGGGAGAAAGAGUCUGUCCUCAGUAAUCUGGCCAAGAAAGCCAAGCUGACAGAAGACCUGUUUAACCAAGUCCCCGGAGUCCACUGCAACCCCUUGCAGGGGGCCCUGUACGCCUUUCCUCGGAUCUUCAUCCCCCCCAAAGCCGUGGAGGCAGCUCAGGCCCGUGACAUGGCCCCCGACAUGUUCUACUGCAUGAAGCUCCUGGAGGAGACGGGCAUCUGCGUCGUGCCUGGCAGCGGCUUCGGGCAGCGGGAAGGCACCUACCACUUCAGGAUGACCAUCCUGCCGCCGGUGGAGAAGCUGAAGAUGGUCCUGCAGAAGGUGAAGGACUUCCACAUGAAGUUCCUGGAGACCUACGCGUGAGGCCCCGGGGCCCCGCGGGAGCCGGGCGCGCGCCUCCCGACGCCCCACACGCGCCCCGCCUCCCGGCGACGCUGCCGAGGGCCUCCCGAGGGCCGCCCGUCGCUCCCUCCUCGCGCUGCGCCAGGAGACCUUCCUCUGUGCCUUGCUGUUGGGAGCAGUCCUCUUCCCAGCCAAUGUGAAUUGCGGAUGUCUCAGAAGCCCGUUUUCUUUUUUCUUUUUUUUUCCGAUGCAACCAAAGUAGAGGGAACGUGGACAGCCUGUUCUCUGAACCUGGUGGUGUUGCUUUUGGAAGGUUCAUGUGGGGUUUGAAACAACAAGGCUGUGGUGGGUGAGAUGCUGCGGAUCUGGAGGGACAGGACGUUGGGAAGCCCGUUGGCCUAGCCCUGGAGAGGACCGGAGACCCCAUGUCCCGUCGUGACCUGGGACGUGAGCCCCUCCGUGGGGCAGGAAGCCAGCCCUCCCGGCUGCGGAGCCCGGAGUCCUCUGCAGGCUCAGAGGCACCCUCCGCCCGGGGCAGGCGGCCCGUGUCUCAGGCCAGAAUGGCGAGGGCAGCAGCGUGUGGGUCGCGGGGAGUGCCCAGCUGGGCGGUGGUGGGCACUGGGGGCCACGGCCAGGGGUUUUCUUGUGUCCUGCAGGGGUGUGAGCCAGGCUCCGGGUAGAAUCAGGUAGUGAGGACCCCAUGCACACACGAGGGCUUGGGGGGUGAGGGGUCCCUUGAGCGUGCUUAGGCUGGGGCGGCGGGCACAGCCCGGCGACAGCAGAGGGACUCUGCCUGGUGGCGGGUGGCUCCCUCCCGUUUUUAUCCGCCAGGGGCGUGAUGGCGCCUUUACACACACCGCCCUCUGCUGGCCGCAGCGGGAACCGGCAACACAGAAAACGUCCUGAUGGCGGGAGGGCGUCCUCAAGGACUUGCCUGACCGUCACCCCCUGUCCCCAUCGCGCCUGUGGAGCGUUUCAAACCGCAUUUGGUCCAUUUCCUAGCCAUUAGUCGGCUGAAGUGCCUGGUAGCUCGGCUGCCGUGGAGAGGACCGACGUGUCGUGUGCGAGUGCUUCGCCUCCGCACCUGAUGCCCGGCCCUCCCUGCCUAGACAGCUGUCCCGUAGCACCUGCCACCUCUCCAGGCGGCGGGGUACCCUCCCCCAAGCAUGCGGCUUCCCUGGCUGAGCAGGCCUGCCUAAGGUUCCAGAAAGUGGGCGCCCCUCCCCCACCGGCCUGGGGGGACCCAAAGCCGGCUCAGGAGUCCCGGGACCCAGCAAGUCCCAGGACAAAGUGGAAGGAGCUGGAGCAGAAACAGAGGGGGCUCUGAGAGCAGCCUCCCGUGAGGGGGGCGCAAUAGAAAACGUCCACGUGUCACCGCACGCUGGCAUCGCAGUCCCUGUGAACAAGGCAGCCACCACCUGGGAGGACAAAGGGAAUAUGUGGGAACUUGUCCUUCCUUAAAAAAAUGGAGCCAUUGCCCUUGGGCUUGUUGAACGGUACGAAAGCCAGCGCUGUGGGCUGUCUGGUGGAAGAGUUAAAGGGUAGAGGCUAGUCUAUUUUUUAUAUCUUUUGUAACAGUUGAUUUUCUCAUGGGGCAGGGAGGGGGAGGGUAGGCUAGUAUUUGUAGUCUUAACAAGUACAGUAGAUUUUUUUAACAAAUCUCUUCAGAUUAUAAAUAACCCCUAAACAUUUUGCAACGUUUACAUGAUUUUUAAAAAGAUGCUGUAUACACUGGUUUGCUUUUUAAAUAACGAUGAAAACCGAAUCGGGGCGCUGGUUUAGGACGCUGCCCCCAGGGAGGGGCGCUGGUCAUGAGAGAUUUCGUUUUCUGCAGAUUCUGUUCGGGUGCCUUGUUGGGGCACCGCCCGAUAAGUUGCCUGUCGCUUGGGGUCACCCUGGCAAUGUCCGCACCUCGAGGCGGCCGCCCGCCGGGGGGGCACCCCCGCACACCUGGGGGCCAGGCUGGCCGUCCCGACGUGUGGAUUUGGAGGAGGAGCCGACAAGCCCAACUGUCCCUGUUGUGCAGCGUGGAUUCUCCCAGGCAUCUCCUGAGCGAGGCACUUGAUGGAGAGAGCUCUGCUGGAAAUUGUGAAAUAAAAUAUGUGUCAAAAA